CUUUCAAGUUUUUAUUAGUAGUAUGGGAAGUUCCGAAUGCGACAGCUGUGCGAGAAACGCAACAUAACGAUAGACGUCUUUGUGGAGGAACGUAGGGUUUUGAAUAAUCUGUGUAUUUAGAAAUGGCUGAUCCGAAAUUAUAUCGACGUGAUGAAGUGGCAAAGAACAACAGCAGUCAGAGUGGAUGGAUAAUAAUUCAUAAUUCGGUAUACAAUGUAACCGAAUUUCUAAAUGAGCAUCCAGGAGGUGAAGAAGUUCUAUUGGAACAAGCUGGAAAAGAUGGUACAGAAGCUUUUGAAGAUGUUGGUCAUUCCACAGAUGCACGGGAAUUGAUGAAGAAAUAUAAAAUUGGAGAUCUUGUUGAGGAAGAUAGAGUUGAAACACAGGAGAAGAAUCUAAGUUGGCAACCAGAAAAGGAUGAUAGAAAUUCAAGUGCAUGGAAGUCAUGGCUUGUCCCUGUCGCUCUUGGAAUUGCUGCAACAAUCUUAUAUAGAUAUUACUUCCUUGCCUAAGGCACAUUUAGUGUAACAUCACAAGAUUCGAGAACACACACUCGCAUGUUAUCCCCCUAUGUCUUGCAGCAGAAGACAACGGUUUUAUUGGAAGAGCAGAAGUUAGUUUUUCCUGUCACUGUUCCUAUAGAAUGAUAAUUUAGCUAUCAUCUUUACUUUUAUAACUUGUUUUUUUAUGUACUUUUUUAACUGUUACAGUUGUUCAGCCCUAUAUCAUGAAUAAACAAGUAUAUGGGAACUAAAUUCAUUGUUAUGUAUGUUCACAGUGUAAUGUUUGUUAGGUUAUGCUUUUGUCCCUUCCCCACAUAAAGUACAAUUGUGAACAAAAAAGGAAGUGUGUCAAGUGAGAGAUGGAACUGCAAACAGUAAUUAGUACUGUUAUAAAUAAAACAUUAAUUUAAAUUAAAAUGUUAUUUGGAUUUUAAUUUUUUUAUUCCAAAAUAAAAACUGUAAUAUUAAAGAUGUGAAACAGUUUGCUGUUAAAAAUGGCUUGUUUUAAGAACUUGAAAUUUUGCCCUUUGGCUGUAAUUUUGAUGGAGUUGCAUCAUAGUCAAACUUGGGUAUUUGUUGUUUUCUAACCAAUAUCUGUACAUUGCCACCUCUGUGGAAACAAAACUGUCCAUCAUGACUUCGAAGUAAAGUAAUCUUGAAACAGAACAAGUAUGUUUGUGCCAGUAACAGUAUUAUAAUGUAUUUCUUCCUAAUCAUUAAGAAAUUCAUCUUUUUACAGCCUUCCAUUUCAGAUCUCUUGGUUAUGGCACUUGAAUUCUGUGUAUAUUUUCCAGUUGUAUUCUUGUAAAUGUAUAGUUUUCUUCCAUUUUGGUUAAGGAGAAUCACAGCAUCCUGGUACCACAGCUCUGUUUGUUAGACACAUCCUGAUAGAUGGAACUUAAACUUAACUUUCUUCUCUUUUAUUUCAAAAGUCUAAAAGAACUGAAUGGACAAGGAUAUGCUGGAUUAUUAUGAAGUUUUUUCUCCCUCCCAGUGAAAAUCUAUUUAAAAUAUAUAGCUUCGGGCUGAUAUAUUCUGGAUGUUUAAAUCAAGUUGCAGAGUUACAAAGGGAAGGAAUUCGUCAGUUUAUACUGCAGAACUGCUUAAGCUUCAGUGCUUGAGUAUUGAUAUUUUUAGAAUUGUGAAGGCUGGAGACACUUGGAACUAGAUACAGCAAGAAGUUGCACAAAUGAAAGUUUUUUUUUUUUUUUGUAUUUCCUUUACUGGUAAUGGACUCAACAACUGAGGUUCAAUUUCUAGCAAGGUCAGAAAUUUCAUUUGUCAGCACCACAUCUGGCCCAUUCUUCUAUUUACAUGGUUCUGAUGCUCUUUCUCUGAAGAUAAAGUGGUUGGAGUGUGAAGCUGACCAGUCACUUCCCUAUAGUGCCAAGGUUAAAAAUACAUGAAACUUUGCUUCAUGUCAUAAAUGGCAUGGUGCUUAAGCACAGGGAUAACUAAUUUCCUAUAGGAUUUGAGGUUUUCAGGUACUUGACAAAUUAUUAUAUUUUAUUUGGAUAUGCAUGUUGUUACUACCUGUCUCCGGAGGCCAAAAUUCACUUAUAGAUUUUAGAAUCGUUUUAAAAAUAUCGCUGUUAUCAUUUGUAUGCCGCCACAUGAACUCAGCUAAAUAUGAAUCCAGAUGAUGCCGGGCCGUGCCUCUCCGUUUUGUGUCCCAAUAACCCACAAGUACCGGUUUUCACAGUAGUGAGUCUGAAGAUUGCAGUCCUUUGGGUGGAAAUCUACCAGACUACACGGUGGAACAACCAGAAGACUGCAAUUUUCAACUAGUGUCCUACCUUCACAUAUAGUAUAAAAGUGUGGAAUCUCUCCGAUUCCAAACUGAUAUUAAAAACAAUUAUGUGAUAUGUUUUAAAUUCAGUCAGUGCUGAAAAUAAAGUAAUGCCCAUUUACCUAUACUUGAAAAUUUGUGUUGGUAGAAAGGUAUUUGUAAACUUUUCAUAGAAAAUUUUAAUGAAAACUAAUUUUUCAUCUGUUAUUUCACACUCUUCAAAACUCUUCUGCGUGUUCUCAGUAAACACUGUGAGAGUAGGGACAGAAAGGCUUACAUCUGUAACUCUGUUGUCAUUUAACCCUAUUCAUGUGUCUGACAUGAAAUACUUAAAUCUGCAUCUGUUACUCUCCCAUCUUCCUUUUGAAAGUAUAAUAAAAAAUUAAUAAGUUGUUUAUAUGUAUGUAAUGUAAACAGUUUGUUUUAUUGUUUUCUUUCAUCAUUGGUAACUGCUUCCAAAGUCUAGACUGCAGAAAAUAACAUGUCACUUAAGUUCAUGAGUACAAUUCUGACAAGCAACUGUGUGUUGUUAAUACAGAAAUUAAAAUGAAAUAUGCUACAAAUAAUUACAAGAAAUAUAAAGUUUUUAAUUCAUUUUACUUCAGGUGCAGAGUUUAGAUGAUCUUGCUGCAAGACAACCUUGCCUGUUUCUCAUUCCAUUUCUUCAGUUGAUUACUUCCAUUUAUUUUGGCUUAUCUGUAUGAAAAAUAGAACAUGUUCAUCAGUUCAUUUUCAUAUACAUGUAUGAGACUGUCAAAGUUGGAAAGAUUUCAACUUUGAUUUCAUUGCUGUCACUUUUUCCGUGUAUGUUACAAGAGAUUUAAUGGGAACAAUUUGAGUCAGAAUGCAUUUUCAAGUCUUUAUGUUCUGAGUAAAUACAUUUGUGCUGUAAAGAAUUUUGUACCUAUUGCUGUAUUCUUUAUUUUGGGCUUGUGCACUUUUGUCUGAUAAUUAUGCAGCUUUGUGGUUUUUUAUCCAAAGAAAUUUGUUGUUGAAUUGUCAGCUGCUAGCUGGGUUUUCUUGUAGAAAGACAUUAGCAUAUGAAAUAUUAUUUUUGGUGUAAUGCAUUAUGGUUCUUGUUAAUAAAAAAGUUAUUUUACUCUAAAAA